CCCAGGUGGGAGGGAGGGGAAGCUUCCGGGAUCUUCAGGGUUAAAAGAGAAGGUCGGGCCAGGGGUCCCCGGGCAGAGGACUCUGGCAGCCCACACAGCAGGGCAGAGGCAUCUCUCCAAGUCUCCUCCCUCCUGGCUACUGGUGACUUUCAGGUCCUUGCCAUGAGACCCCUGCACCUCCACCUCUCUGCCACCUCUGGCGCCUGGGCCUUGAUGAAGCUCCUGUUUCCACUACUGAUGGUGCAACUCUGGGUCGCGGACGCGCAGCUGCCUGAAAACCUGACGGCCGUGGACAUCAAGGACUCCAGCUCUGGUGAAGUCCUGUGUCCGCACGGCUCGCAGCCCUGGCAGGUCUCCCUCUUCAAUGGCCUCAGAUUCCACUGCGCGGGCGUGCUGGUGGACCCCAGCUGGGUGCUCACAGCUGCGCACUGCUCGAACAACAAGCCACUGUGGGCUCGAGUUGGGGAUGACCACCUGCUGCUUCUCCAGGGGGAGCAGCUCCGGCGGACCACUAAGGCCUUUAUUCACCCCAAGUACCACCAAGGCUCAGGCCCCAUCCUGCCCAGGCGGACAGAUGAUCAUGACCUCAUGCUGCUGAAGCUGGGCAGCCCUGUGGUGUUGGGGUCUCGCGCCCAGACCCUGCGGCUGCCCUCCAGCUGCACCAGCCCGGGAGAGAGCUGCCACGUGGCCGGCUGGGGGACCACAGCCUCUCGAAGAGUGAAGUACAACAGGGCCCUGAGCUGUUCCAGGGUCACUCUCCUGAGCCCCAGAGAGUGUGAGGUCUUCUACCCCGGAGUCCUCACCAACAACAUGAUCUGUGCCGGGAUGGACCAGGGCCAGGACCCCUGCCAGAGUGACUCUGGUGGCCCCCUUGUGUGUGACGAGACCUUGCAAGGCAUCCUUUCCUGGGGUGCUUACCCCUGCGGCUCUGCCCAGCACCCGGCUGUCUACACCCGGAUCUGCAAAUACAUCGGCUGGAUCCAGAAAAUCAUCCACUCCAACUGACCAGGACCCCUGACACCUGCCUCCCUGCCCUCUCCAUCCCAGUCCCUGAAUACCUGUCACCACUCACCCUCUUCCCUCGACCCCUCCCUGUCCUCUUCAGUGCUCACACCACAGCCUACGUGCAGAAAGCAGCGGAAAAAUUUUGCUCCAGCAAGGAAGCUAGUGUAGUCACUCAGUCUCUAAGAGAUGCUAUCACUAUCCACCCCACCAGGCUUCCUGAACCACUUCCUGCUGUGUGACCUGCUCUGGGCCUUGAUUUUCCCACCUGUAAAAUGGGGACAAAUGAAGUGCCUAUCUUGGACAUAUUUCAAGGAGAUAACGA